GUUCUCCAUUCAGACUGAGUUUGGCGUCAGUGAACGUCAGCAGCAGCAGCUAGCGUUAGCUUAGCCAACUUUGAGCUUUGUUGCUACCUGUUGCUAGCUAGUCAAUAUAACGGCACUAACAUGUAAACAAACCAGACAGAGAAUCUGUAAAUGAGUCGAGCGUUUGUUUAUUCACUUAUAUCGCUGUAACCGGGUCUGUACUGAUGUAUUGAACAUGUCGGUGGUGACAGUGCAGUUAGGACAGUGCGGGAAUCAAAUCGGAACCGAACUGUUCAGCACUCUGUAUGAAGACUCCGCCGCGGCUCGUGCUAAAUCCUACCAGCACUGCAGCCACGAGAGCUUCUUCAGCCAGAGCUCAGAUGGAGUGCUGGUGGCACGUUCCGUUCUCAUCGACAUGGAGCCUAAAGUUAUUACACAAGCGAUAGCAAAGGCAUCAAAAUCUGGAAAAUGGAGAUAUGGGGACAAAUCCCAGUUCUGUCAAAAGCAAGGAUCUGGAAACAACUGGGCAAAUGGUUACUGCGUUCAUGGCCCUCGGCACAAGGACGCCGUUGAGGAUCUUUUGCGGCGGGAAGUGGAACGCUGUGAUCGCCUGGCAGGAAUCUUCACCAUGAUGAGUGUGGCAGGAGGUACAGGUUCUGGAGUUGGCACCUAUGUCACACAGUGUUUACGGGACAUGUAUCCUCACUCGUUUAUUCUUAACCACCUCACGUGGCCCUAUGGAACAGGAGAGGUGAUCCUACAGAACUACAACUCUGUUCUCACUCUGUCACGCCUAUACUCAUUAUCUGAUGCCCUCAUAGUACACGAGAAUGACACAGUCCAUAAAAUCUGCAGCCAGCUGAUGAACAUCAAGCAUAUCUCCAUCGCUGAUGUCAAUAAGGUGAUCGCCCAUCAACUGGGCAGCGUUCUGCAGCCUGCAUAUACUACAGACUCGCCUGCUUACUACAGCAGAAAUCCUAUAGGUGAACUGCUGAACUCUGUUGUGUGUCAUCCCGAAUACAAACUGCUCAGCCUGUUAAACAUUCCUCAGAUGUCUCAAACGUCUCUCGCCUACAGUGCCUACACCUGGCCCGGAUUGCUCAAGCACUUGAGACAAAUGCUCAUUGCUAAUGCCAGGAUGGAGGAAGGUAUUGACUGGAAAGUGCGUGUGCCAAUGAAUCAACCCGAAGGCGCGAGAACCAAGCAAAUAACUUUUAACAAAUCGCUUUCUAAUCUACUAAUACUGCGUGGGAAGGAUAUUUUAUCUGCUGAUACAGGUGCUUUUAAGGAGCCUGGAAUCUACGUGCCAUGGGUUCCAACAGAUGGCACAUUUAGCAUGUGGCACUCUCCUGUGCCAUUCAACAGCUAUGAGAAGUUGGCAACUUUAGUUAGCAACAGCCAGUCACUGCUAAACCCUAUGGACAAUAUUGUUAAGAAGGCUUGGAACAUGUUUACAUCAAGAGCCUAUAUUCAUCAGUAUACUAAAUUUGGAAUUUCAGAAGAAGAUUUUCUUGACAGUUUCACCAUGCUGGAACAGCUUAUCUCCAGCUACACACAUCUUUGAUGCUACCUCAUCUCCAGAAAUUGCACAUUGUUCAGAACGAUUCAAGUCCUGAACUGAAAACUUGAGUUGUAAAUGAGUUAACCUCAUGGAUGGACAAUAGUGAAUAAAUGGAUGAUGUUGGGACCAAAUGUAUCACAAUGCAGAGACUCACUCAGUACCACUAUUAAACUAAGCUAAAGUGAUGUUUUAGCUUGAAGACCAAUGACACCAGGUUCUAAUUUAAUUUAAGCUUUGUAUGCUGGUAGGGCCCAAAUUUGUAUCCCAGAUUCAUUUUGGAAUGUUAAAUUCUAUUAACCCAAUUGAAAAUGUAUUUUGGACUGUAGGUAAAAUGCAAGUAAAAACAAAAGCAGUUAAUUUUAAGCUGUGUUUACAGGUAUUUAAUUACAAACAGCACAAACAUAUUUAAUGGUCUGAGCAAGGUUGGGUGGUUUACCACUUGGUAAAAAAACUGCAAAAACAGGCCAGUUUCAGAAAACAGUUUCAGAAAAUUUGUCAAUGCACGAUAGAAACAGAUUUAGGAAUUUUGCUAUCUACAGUCCAUAAAAUGAUUAAAAGAUUUAGAAAAUCUAAAGAAAUCUUUGUGUGUAAGAUCUGACAACCCAUCAAUUUGAAUAACUUGGUGCUAAGGCUUGUGUGUGAGAUCUGUAUUCUACUGGGCUAUGUCUAAAAAAAAAAAACUUGAGUAAAUAGAAGGGCUGUUUAUUUUUCUCUGGUGUGUUUUGUAGGUUGGAUAAUGUAUUUUUUAAAUAAACUGCUUUACAAAAAGUGUUUUUUUUUUUUUUUAAUUCCUUCUGUGUAAUACGAGUUUGGAAAAUUUUCCACACUGCUGUAAUUGUUACUGGUUUAAAAAUGAUUUUUUUGUAGGAUAUUUAAGUCCCGUUUUCUCGAUUUCCCAAUUUCUGAUUGUUGGUGUCCACAAACAUUUGGUCAUGUAGAGUGUAUUAAAAAAAAAAAAGA